CUUUUCAAAAGCUCAUCCUUCUCUUUGAACAAGAUAUUACAACAGACAAUGACUGCUCCUUAUAACAAGACAGUUGAGUUGGUCUUGAAGGAGCUAGAGGCUGAUUCUGAGAUCGGUCUUUCAUCCCUAGUUGCUGAGGAAAGACUAUCAAAAUAUGGUCCAAACUCUCUUCCAAAAGAAUCUUCAACUCCACUGUGGAAGCUUAUUCUUGGGCAAUUUGAAGAUCAACUAACAUUGAUCUUGUUAGCUUCAGCUGUUGUCUCUUUUGGUUUAGCUGUAAGCGACGGUGAUUUAUCAUGGUCAAGUUUGAUUGAUCCUAUUGUUAUUUUAUCAAUUUUGGUCUUGAACGCUAUUGUUGGUGUUCAACAAGAAAGUUCAGCGGAAGCUGCCAUCUCUGCAUUAAAUGAAUAUUCAUCUUCAGACGUUAAAGUGUUACGUAACGGUAAAUUGGUUCAUGUCAAGCAAGAGCUCUUGGUACCAGGUGAUUUGAUUGAUUUGUCAGUUGGUGAUAUAGUUCCUGCUGAUGCUAGAAUCGUGAAAAUUUUCUCUCAAACUCUUCGUGUUGAUCAGUCAAUCCUUACUGGUGAAAGUGAGUCUGUUAUCAAAGAUACAGAGCCAAUUCCUAUCGAAGAUGCUGUCAAACAAGAACAAAUCAAUGUCGUGUUUUCUGGUACCACUAUCGUUUCUGGUCAUGCCAGAGCGGUUGUCAUCUUGACUGGUGAGAAAACUGCCAUUGGAGAUAUUUAUACUGAUAUUUCUUCCCAAAUUUCUCAACCAACUCCAUUGAAGGAAAAAUUGGAUGAUUUUGGUGACUUAUUGGCUAGAUUUAUCACUGUUAUUUGUAUUGCUGUGUGGUUAAUCAACAUCAACAACUUCAAUGAUCCUGCUCAUGGUGGUUAUGUCAAAGGUGCUAUUUAUUAUUUCAAAAUUGCUGUUGCAUUGGCUGUUGCUGCCAUCCCAGAAGGUUUAUCUGUUGUCAUCACCACAUGUUUGGCAUUAGGUACUAAAAAAAUGGCUAAACAAAAUGCCAUUGUUAGAAGUCUAUCAAGUGUUGAAACAUUAGGCUCAACUAAUGUGAUCUGUUCCGAUAAAACUGGUACCUUAACUACAAAUCAAAUGGUUGUUCAUAACUUUGUCUAUUUCAAGAACCAAACUGAUUUAUCAACUCUCACAAUUUCGGGCCACUCAUUUGAACCAGAAGGCACUGUUAAUGAUGAAGAUGGUAAUUCGAUUGAACUACCGGACUCAAGAUACCCUAUUUUGCAUAAAGUUUCCCAAAUCUGUUCUAUCUGUAAUGAUGCAAAUGUUGUUCAAAUUGAUCAAAAUACCUACAAAAAUGUCGGUGAACCAACUGAAGCUGCUUUGAAAAUUUUGGUGGAAAAAUUAUCUGGAUCUGCUCAACAAGACCUUGCAGUCACCUCAGUCACCCCAGUCUCAGAUUUAUACAACAAGGAAUAUCCACGUUUAGCUACAUAUGAAUUCACUAGAGAUCGUAAAAGUAUGUCAGUUUUGGUUCAAAGUGGUGGUAACAAAAGUGAACUUUUAGUUAAAGGUGCUCCAGAGGAUAUCAUUGCCAGAUCUACCAAUUAUUUAAAUCAAACAAAUAAUACUUUGAGAGUGGAUAGAUUGAGCCAUGAAUAUCGUGCGGAACUAUUGACGACUGUUGAACAUUUUGCUGCUGAGGGUUACCGUAUUAUUGCAUUGGCUUACAAAGAAGAUGUUGAUUUAGACCUAGCUCACAAAGCCACCACAAGUCAAGAUUAUGUUCAUUUGGAACAAAACUUAACAUUGGUUGGGUUUGCUGCUUUGAUUGAUCCACCUCGCCCAGAAGUUAUUCAAGCUAUCAAAGAGUGUAAAGAUGCUGGUAUUAGAGUUAUUGUUAUCACAGGUGAUAGUCCAAUCACUGCUGAGAACAUCUCGAAACAAAUUGGUAUAUUUAAGGACGAUGAAGACACCAGUGACCUAAUAUUGACAGGAAGAGAAUUUAUUAGUCUUUCAGAUGAUGCUAGAGCUAAAGCAGCUGAAAAAGUCAAACUAUUUGCCCGUGUUGAGCCAAGUCAUAAAUCAUUAUUGGUUGAUUAUUUGCAAAAAUCUGGAAAAAUUGUUGCUAUGACUGGUGAUGGUGUUAAUGAUGCACCAGCUUUGAAAAAAGCUGAUAUUGGGGUUUCUAUGGGUUCUGGUACUGAUGUUGCUAGAUUAGCUUCUGAUUUGGUCUUACAGGAUGAUAACUUUGCCACAAUUGUGACUGCUGUUAAGGAAGGGAGAUUGAUUUACAACAAUACUAGACAGUUUAUCCGUUAUUUAAUCUCUUCGAAUAUUGGUGAAGUUGUCUCCAUCUUUUUAACUGCUGCUCUUGGCUUACCAGAAGCCUUGAUUCCAGUUCAAUUACUAUGGGUUAACUUGGUCACAGAUGGGUUACCAGCUUCAGCUUUAGGUUUCAACCCACCAGAUCUAAAAAUUAUGUCUAAACCCCCAAAAUCGAAGGAUGAACCUUUAGUUAGCGGCUGGUUGUUAUUUAGAUAUAUUGUUGUUGGGACUUAUGUCGGUGUUGCUACAGUUUUCGGUUAUGCUUGGUAUUUCAUACUUUAUGAACAAGGUCCUCAAAUCACUUUCAGCCAAUUGUCUCACUUCCAUCAAUGCUCUGCAAACUUCCCUGAAAUUGGAUGUGAAAUGUUCCACGACUCUCAUGCUGUUCGCGGAUCAACUAUCUCAUUAACUAUUUUGGUGAUUAUUGAGAUGUUCAAUGCCAUGAAUAACCUAUCGGAAUCUGACAGUUUGUUGAGCUUCCCAUUGUGGAAGAACAUUUAUUUGAUUCUUGCCAUCAUCUUAUCAAUUGUCUUGCAUUUUGCUAUUCUUUAUGUCCCAUGGUUGGCUGUUCUUUUCAAUGUUGAACCAUUGAACAAAGAUGAAUGGUAUGCAGUUGUUAUCAUUUCAUUACCGGUUAUUGUUCUUGAUGAACUUUUCAAACUAUAUGAAAGAUUAUUUUUGAUUCCAAAAGUUCGUCGCUCAGACUCUAAAAAAACUAAUUAAAAUAGAAACAAUUUCGAUUAAUAAACAAUCUUUAUCUUGAUCUC